AACAUACAUAAGUUCAGCUCUCAAAGCUCAAUGCAGUAGAUACAAAUACAACAUACAAGCGUCACAUAUACCCUUAUAAAAGUACAACCCUCAAUGCAGUUGGUAGAACUUACAAUCGCCAUAUUAGUGCUCUUAUAGCUCAUCAUAAAAUCACUCAACACUCGAUAUAGUGGGCAUAGUGCUGUGGUAGCUCGGGGAAAGGGCCUUUCCGCCACUUGGAAUCCAUUAUCGAUUUCUUGCACUUUUUACCAACCUCAGAUCAUGAUUCUUUGGCCCUAAAGAAAACCCUACAAAUUCCCCAAUUUUUAGAUUCAUUCAUCCAUUCUGCUUCCAAACAGAUUCAUAAACGAAAACCUUCUGUUCUUUCUUUCACUCAUUCGCCAAGGUCACAACACCAAAGUUUGAUCAUUUUCCUGCACUGUUAACCAACCUUAAAUCAUGAUUCUUUAGUCCAAAGAAAACCCUAAAUUUCCCAGUUUUUUCUUUAUUCAUUCACAAUUUGAUCUUGCAGACAGUUUCAUCCCAAAAGAAAGUUGUUUUUUUGUACCCGUUUAACUUCAUCUUCUUAAAGUGAAAAGUCAGAAUCUUGAUCAUAUUCUCAGUUUAUUGUUGCAAAUUGGAAGUGGGUUUUUCUUGGAUUUAAAAUGAUGAUUCUUGGUGAAAAUGUGAAUACCCUUAAAGUUAUAGAUUCCUCGUUAAGGUUGUUUGUGGUUCCUCUAAGUCUUGGUUCCAUGUGGUUGACUUUGACCAAUCAUCAAAAUAACGAAAUGUAUGGCAAAAUAGAGUUCAGUAAUCUCAAGGGUCUCAAAUUCUUGGUCAGCAUUAGUGCAAUUUCUGCUGGGUAUGCUGUGGUUGCUGUUAUUUCUUCAUGGGUCAAGAACUUGAUGAACAAAGCUUGGAUCUUUUUUGUUUGCGAUCAGGUGGUGGCAUAUUUGAUGGUGGCAAGUGGUGGUAGCUUUGGGGAGAUAGUGUAUUUGGCAUACAAUGGCAACCCAAAGGGUUUUCACAAGAUUUGA